UCCCAGUAGAAGUUGCCCGCCUAGUGCCCACCAACAGCCACUGGACCAGCGACACCCCUGGCGUCGGGUGUUAGAUGAAGGACUGGCAUUAGGUGGAAUGCCUGCUCCGUCCUGACAUCCUUUGUUGCGUAUCUUGUGAUGUGCGCGCCUUCGGCUCAUAAGACUACCACCUGCAACUAGAGCAUCGGAUUGACCAAAGUGCAACUUCGUCGAAGUCCGCAAGCAAGAUGCCCCUACGUCAUCCGUAGCUGCACCGAAACCACCACCAGCGAGCGAGCCCCCCUGACUUACCGCGACGCGACUUACGCUGCCGUCCCACGCGUCCGUCCAGGUAUCCGCCCUAUGCCUGUUUGACCACGUCCGCAGCAUCCAGAGCCUCAAAGACGACAGCGCACGCAUACGUAGCCGAGAGAAUCUCCCGCGAUGUCGGGCAGAAAUGAGCGGGUGUCGACGUACACGAGCGGGUCGGGGGAGACGGACGGUCGCAAUGGCGAGCCGAAGCGGAACCUCUGGACGUCAAUGCUAGAGUCGGUCGCCAGCGGGAAGAAGCUGCCAGAGAAGAACCUGCUGGUCCUCGGCGGUACCCCCGAAUCGCAGAGAGAAUUUCUCGAGUCGCUCGCAAGCAGCGAAACCGGCCGCCAUUCCGACCGGCAACAGUCGCCGCCAGUUGCCAACAACUUUGCGCUGGGCUACACAUACUACGAUGUCCUCGACGCCGAUCAGGAUGAUACGUUGGCCCGCGUGUCCCUCUACCUUCUCUCUCAGCCAUCCACCGAAUUCGCACCUCUCAUCUCCCCUCUUCUCACGCCCGAAACAGUACAACACACAGCGCUCGUCAUACUUCUCGACUGGUCACAGCCGCACCUGUGGCUGCGCCAAGUCUGGAACUGGAUCCAGGUUCUUGAGGAGGUCAUAGGCCAGGUCAGCUCCCCAGCCCGCAAUGAAAUGGAGGCCAUCAUGUCCUCCUGGAAGGAACGAGGUCGUGGCGGAGCAACGGUGAACCUGGACGGAACGCCUUCGGCGACGGGCUCGGCGGGCGACGGCGACGGCCUGUUGCCCCUAGGACCUGGCGAGUGGGCCGAACCGUUGGGUCUUCCCAUCUGUGUCGUCUGCCAGAACGCUCAAAAAAUGGAGUUUCUGGAAAAGAACCAGGGUUGGAAGGAGCCCGACUUUGACACCGUGCUGCAGUAUCUUCGAACCAUCCUGUUACGGCACGGGGCGUCUCUCAUCUACACCUCUCAAAAUACACCCUCACAGUUGCCAGCCCUUAUCCACUCGACACUCGGCAUCACUUCUCUCCUAAAACGACAGCCGCUCAAGCACAACGUCAUCGACCGCGACAAGAUCGUCGUGGUGCCCAACUGGGACUCUUGGGGCAAGAUUCGUAUCCUGGGCGGUACGUUCGACGCCGAGCUCGUGUCGAGAGGCUGGGAAGAGGACAUUAAGCUGCCACCCGGCUCCAAGGCUCCCACCAUGGAAGACGAGCAGCCAUCCUCUCCGGACGGUAGCGCCAGCGCCCGCGGCCCCAGUGCAAUCGCCCAGUACGAAUACUGGUGUCGCGACCCUAACAGCGGUGGUCUCGCGGUUGUGGAGAGCGCCAUGAGCGAUGGCACGGCAGUGGGGGUGACGAGCGAUGACCCACAGGACUUCCUCGAAAGGCAGCUCAAGAUCCUCGAGGCUUUCAAGGCCAAGGCCCCCGACACAGCGGGCGAAGGGACCCUCUCGUCCUCGACCCGGCGUCUCAACUUGGGGGACGAGAAGAGCGUCAAGGACCACAUCGGCCCCGUGCAGUUCAACAUGGGCGGCAUCCAGGUCGAUGCCGACGACAUGCUGCAGCGCCUCAAGGACCGCAACGCCCACGCCGCUUCGCCGGAGCCUGACGAGUCCAACGACGGUGGCCCCAGCGCCAACCUCGCCAAGGACUUCGACAACGAGCAGCUGCAGAAUUUCUUCAGUGGACUAAUGAAUAGGACGGCUGGUGCGGCGGAUAGUCCGCGAUCGUGAGAGCGCCUGCGAUGGGCCUCUAGCUCCGUCCGGCAGCAGUGCAGAGUAGUAGCGGCUUUGAAGGAUGGCAACCGCUGUACCCAAAAUAGAUACCCCGAAGUAUACAGAGGCCUCGGUUUGACCUGCACACGCGGUGAUAUGCUACAGCGAAAUGUGAAUACGAUUAUUGCGCUUGAGCUAC